UCAUUUUAUUAUUUACAAAAAUAAUUUAAAUCCUUUUUUAUUUUUUCUCCAUCUUCUCUUUCUCAUCGCCGAUUCAAUUCACCGCCGCCACCACCGCCACCACCACCACCACCUCGACCCACUUCCUUUUCUUCGCGACCCGGAUCCGAAACCAUUGGGGUUUUCUGCAGCAAAACUGGGUUCUGUGAUUGAUUCCCUGUUUUCAGUGCAGUGAGAUUCGGAGUUGUCUCAGCUGAAAUCAACUUCGCUUCAGCUCCUAAGAACACGUGGCGAUCUGGGUCUUCUUCAGCACCCCAUUAUCACAGACAUGGAAACGAGGUUAUAUGUGAUAUUGGGAACGAUUUUGGGCUGGUCGUAGGUUCAUUUUUCAAGUGCUCAGCUGUUAGUUAGUGGUUCAGUUCAUACAUGGAAGUUCAAGCAAACAAAGAGGAAGCACUUCAAGCAUUAGAGAUUGCUGAGAGGAGAUUUGCUCAGAGAGACUUUGCAGGUGCGAAAAGCUAUGCUGUGAAGGCUAAAACGCUUUGUCCUGAAGUGGAAGGUAUAUCUCAAAUGGUGGCCACAUUUGAGGUUUACAUUGCUUCUGAGAUCAAACAUAAUGGUGAGCUAGAUUAUUAUGCGAUUCUUGGAUUAAAACCUUCUGCUGAUAAAGAGGCUGUUAAGAGAAGUUACAAGAAGAUGGCAGUAUUGCUUCAUCCUGAUAAGAACAAAUGCGUGGGAGCUGAUGGGGCGUUUAAACUUAUUUCUGAGGCAUGGACUUGGCUUUCAGAUAGUGCUAUGCGUAGUUCUUACGAUCUCAAGAGAAACUCACAGUCAGGUGGGAUUAGUCACUCAAAAUUUUCUUCUGUCCAUGCCACUGGGGCUACAGUUUAUAACAAAAAAUGUUCCAAUUUGUCAACCUCUCGAGGUGGGCUCGACACCUUUUGGACAAUCUGCACCUCCUGUAAGGUUCAGUAUGAGUAUCUGCGAAAGUAUGUGAAUAAGAAACUCUCUUGUAAGAACUGCCGUGGCACUUUUGUUGCUGUUGAAACCGGGGCAGCCCCAGCAAAUGGUUCAUUUCCAUAUUCUCCUUGGUCACAUGUGCCAGGAAAUGGGUAUGGAAGUCAUUCAUUUGAUGGGGUUACAUAUGUUCCAACUAAUGCCACCUAUUUCAAUGGGAAUGGGGUCACCGGAUACCAUUCUGGACAUGGAUAUGAGUAUGCUGCAAAUGUUUCAUUUCAGUGGGGUUCUACUGGACUCAUCCAUCAAAAUGGAUCAACUACGUUACCUGCUGAUUCUGUUUAUCAGGCCAAUGGAAAUGCGAAGAGGGGAAGACCAAAACUCAAAUCAGGAGCUGAUGGAAGGAAUCACGUCACAGAGACUGUGGUCAACACAAAUCCCGAUGCAUCAUUCUCCUGUAAUGAACCACAGGAAGUUAAACCAAGUAGACCUGACAAGAAACGGAAAGUUGUGGGAGCCAAUUGCAGAAAUGGCUAUGAAGAAAAAGGGUCUCAAGGUGCUUCAGAGGCAAUAGUGUCUAAUGGAAAUAAUAGCGUCGGACUUAGCCAGAAGCUUUCCUGCACAAAUGACAUUCAUACCAAGCAGUUCUCCAUGGCACCGGCAUUUGACGCGAGAAAGUUAUUGAUUGAGAAGGCCAGGACUGAAAUUAGGAAGAAAUUGGAAGAGAUGAAGUUGUCAUCUGAAGCUGCAACACUAAAAGAGAGAGAAAAAGCUCAAGCUGAAGUUGGUCAAGUCAAAAGAGAGACGUGUAGAAGAGCAGUUCUGAGUGUUCCUGGUCUUGAAUUAGAGCACAGUAAAGCUGGUCCAAUCUCAAUAACUGUCCCAGAUUCUGACUUUCAUGACUUCGAUAAAGAUCGGGCGGAGGAAUGCUUCAGGCCAAAGCAAAUAUGGGCCUUGUAUGAUGAGGAGGAUGGCAUGCCACGAUUAUAUUGUCUGAUCCGUGAGGUUAUAUCUGUUAAUCCAUUUAAGAUUCAUAUCAGUUACUUGAGUUCCAAAACUGAUAGUGAGUUUGGCUCAGUAAAGUGGCUUGAUUCAGGUUUUACUAAAUCCUGUGGAAAUUUCAGGGCUUGGAAUCCUGAUGUUGUUGACCAAGUUAACAUAUUUUCUCAUGUUCUAAGUAAGGAGAAGGCUGGUCGAGGUGGCUGCGUUCGCAUAUACCCCAGAAGUGGUGAUAUUUGGGCUGUUUAUCGAAAUUGGUCACCGGAUUGGAACAGAUCUACUCCGGAUGACGUGAGGCAUCAGUAUGAAAUGGUGGAGGUGCUGGAUGAUUACUCUGAGGAGCUUGGUGUUUGUGUUACUCCCCUUAUAAAGUUAUCUGGAUUUAAAACAGUAUACAAGAGCAAUGCAGACAAAAGUGCCAUAAAAUGGAUACCAAGAAGAGAAAUGUUGCGGUUUUCGCACCAAGUGCCUUCUUGGUUGCUGAAAGGGGAGGCGAGCAAUUUGCCAGAACGGUGUUGGGACCUUGAUCCAGCUGCAACUCCGGAUGAUCUUCUUCAUGCUGCUGCUACAGAAGCAAAUGCAUUGUAGGUUAUAUGCAUUGUUGAAACAAUUAUUGGGGUUGCACUAUAGCAUUUCUUCCCAGUAUUUAGAUUUAACUGUUUCACACUUGGUUAGAAACCAAUGAGACAUUAACCAUGGAUGCUUUAGAGGGUGAAAUUUUAAUUUGUAACAUUUUUCUAGACUUUGAGAUCUAGUGAUUGCCUGUUUAGUAAAGUUUCUUCUUGCCAUAGGAGGAGGUGUAACUCUUGUAACUGUAUUUCUGACCAGUUUUUCUGGUCAAGAAUUGAUUCAAUCAAAGGCUGAAACUGAUUUUAAAA